GCGAGUGCACGGCGAGGCUGGCCGCAGCGAGGGAGGCGCGAAGAGGGCGCGAGGGUAGCAGCCGGAGGGAGCCGCCAGCCCUGCCUGCGGGUGCCCGCGGGGCGCAUGGGGCGCUGCGAGCCGGGACUGCGUGCGGGCCCCGCGUCCAGUUUCCCGCUGCCGUGAGAAGCCGCGCCAGGACGCCCCCCGGACCCCGAGCUGCAGGGAGGAUGACCAUGGCCGGGGGCAGGAGGGGACUGGUGGCCCCGCAAAACACGUUUCUGGAGAAUAUUGUCCGGCGGUCCAAUGAUACUAAUUUUGUGUUGGGGAAUGCUCAGAUAGUGGACUGGCCUAUCGUAUACAGCAAUGAUGGAUUUUGCAAGCUGUCUGGCUAUCACAGGGCAGAAGUGAUGCAAAAAAGCAGCACCUGCAGUUUUAUGUAUGGGGAGCUGACUGAUAAAGAUACUAUUGAAAAAGUACGGCAAACAUUUGAGAAUUAUGAGAUGAAUUCCUUUGAAAUUUUGAUGUACAAGAAGAACAGGACACCUGUGUGGUUCUUUGUGAAAAUUGCUCCAAUUCGAAAUGAACAGGAUAAAGUGGUUUUAUUUCUUUGCACUUUCAGUGACAUAACAGCUUUCAAACAGCCAAUUGAGGAUGAUUCAUGUAAAGGCUGGGGAAAGUUUGCUCGGCUGACAAGAGCACUGACAAGCAGCAGGGGUGUCCUGCAGCAGCUGGCUCCGAGCGUGCAAAAAGGCGAGAAUGUCCACAAGCACUCCCGCCUGGCAGAGGUCCUACAGCUGGGCUCAGACAUCCUUCCCCAGUACAAGCAAGAGGCACCAAAGACUCCCCCUCACAUCAUCUUACAUUACUGUGUUUUUAAGACCACGUGGGAUUGGAUCAUCUUGAUCUUGACCUUCUAUACAGCCAUCUUGGUCCCUUAUAAUGUCUCCUUCAAAACCAGGCAGAACAAUGUGGCCUGGCUGGUUGUUGAUAGCAUCGUGGAUGUUAUCUUUUUGGUGGACAUUGUGCUCAAUUUUCAUACCACCUUUGUUGGACCAGCGGGGGAGGUGAUUUCUGACCCCAAACUUAUCCGCAUGAACUACCUGAAGACGUGGUUUGUGAUUGACCUUCUGUCCUGUUUACCAUAUGAUGUCAUCAACGCUUUUGAGAACGUGGAUGAGGUUAGUGCCUUUAUGGGUGAUCCAGGGAAGAUUGGUUUUGCUGAUCAGAUUCCACCACCACUGGAGGGGAGAGAGAGUCAGAUUUACUCCCCUAAGGAAACUUACUGCUUACUGCUAUUGACAUGUAAAAAUGCAUGGAAAGGGGAGAAUGGGGCUGCUGUCUCCCAGGUGACGGUGCUGGUGCCCUGGAGCCUGAAGGUGGCCAAGAGCUUCCUUCUAUCCCUGGCUCUGUAA